AUGGGAAAGAAGCAGAAGGAAAAUCGAAAUGCAGCAAAGCUGGGAAGUCAACAAAACCAGAAGUUGGGUGGUAUCGCUGGUAGACAGAACGUGCUCGCUGCCAAAAAUGAGCUGACCGCUGCGGACACAUUGCGAAAAGGUCGACACGAAUGUCAGUGUCAGGCACGAAUUCACGAGCUUGUGCUCAAUUGCCUCGGAUGCGGUCGGAUAGUGUGUGCUCAAGAAGGAAGUGGGCCAUGCUUCACUUGCAACACAUUGGUCUGCACGAGGGAAGAGCGCGCGAUCAUCAAUUCGGGAACCAAGAAGGGCGAAGAGCUCAAGAAGAAACUUUAUUCGAAUACGAACUUCGUGAAUGUUGAGAAAAUUGAGGGCGGAAGGUCAUUUGAAGCGGCAACUCAGUUCAGAGACCGAUUACUUGAAGCUGAUGCGGACACUGAGCGUCGUACACGGGUCAACGAUCUUCAAAGCGAUUACACGAAUAUUGAAAGUAGCUCAUUUUUGAAUUGCGAAGAGCGCGAGCGAUUGAAACAACGACGAGACGAAUUGAAGGCAUUGCUGGAAAAGGAGCGAAGGAAAUUCGUCGUUGCCAUUGAUUUGGAAGGCGGUGUCGUACAAUCAUCGAACAAAAGCGAAUUGUCAGAAAAUGAUUUUGGAAACGACCCGAUUAUUCAUGAGAUUCUCGAAUCGGCAGACGAUCGCCGCCGUGCUCAGGAAGUGGCAUAUAAUAAUGCUUGCGAUGCUCAUUGGUCACCAAUUGGAUUUGUGCCAAAGUAUCUAAACGAAGCUGGCCAGAAAAUUGACACGAAACAAUGCUCCGAUGGUGAUAUUAUCGACGCCGAGAGUUUGAUGAUCGUCAGUGAUGAGCUCUCAGCGCAAAUUACUGAAGAGAAAGGAUUGACAAUUUCUGUGCCCCAACCAGCUGCUGCAUUUUUGGUUCAUGGACUUUUAAGAUUUUAUUGCUGGAAGGAGGAUUUAAUGCUAAAAGGACCAUUAUUCAUCACAUCAAAGGCCACCGAAACAAACGAGAAAGAUAUCAUCGAGUUUAGCAAAAAAUUUGUGCGAGAUGUCUCGAAAGUGAAUAAUCUCGAUUUUUCGAGUGGCGCUGUUCUCGGUCGCGCAUUUCUUGACGAAUGCUUACUGCUCGAAGAUUUCUAUGAUAAGUACGGUUCCAAUUCAAAAGUUCCCGGUGAAGGAAAUUUCGUGCUUUGCUUCAACGCGUUCGAGCCACUGGUUUCGUCGGUCCCACACAUUCCCGAAGGUGAUUUCUACGAAAUGGACCGACAAUUAAAGAAGACGCUUACAAAACGAUAA